AUGUCUCUAUUCCUUAAUGAAAAACCAUCAAAGAAGACUUUCCUCAAUCCCGAGGUGUUUGAAGUGUUGGUACAUUAUUCGGAGAGUUGUGAUGAGAUUAUUGGGAUGUUUGAAGAGAUUUUGAAUGAUUUGGAUCCGAAUUGCUUUAUGAGAAAAUUGAAUUGGUAUAAGAGUGUGGUGGAGAAGGAGACCAUGUUGAAUGGAGUAAUUGAUUAUAGGAUGGGAUUUGACUGUUGCUAUGGAAAUGUUUGUGUUUUUCAUUAUAAGAGAAGAGAAAGAUAUUGUAGAGUAUUUGAGGAACCAUUUGGGAGGGAAGAAAUUAUGGAAUGGUUCAAGUCGAUUGAGGAAGGAUCAGCUCAAAAACUUGAGAUUAGUGAGGAACCAUAUGUAAAUAAUGAGCAAAUGAUUGUAUACAAGAAUUUUAAAGAAAAGAUUUCUAUUCCUGAUAAGGAUGUUUUUGUCAUUCUUACUCAAGGUUAG